CAGAUACGAACCUUACUUCGUUAUACAACGUAUAAUCGUUAUAUUGAUAUUUAUUUUGAGUGUACACCACGACAAAAUGCUCGUCAGUAGCAACAGGAGCAGCGCCAGUUACGAGAUACAGGAUUUUGGUAGAAACUUGUACUUGUUAUGGGUGAAAUUCCUCUGUUCUUCAUGAAUUUUCUUGCCAAGUAUCUGAAUUGGGGAUGCGUGUACCAGUGGUGAUAGAGUAUUAAUUCUAGAGAGAAGUGAGAGCUAGAGAGAGAAAGUGAGUAAUUAUAUUUCUCAACCCCCUAUAACUAGCCCCUUGGGGUCUAUUUAUAGGUAAAAAUGUGGAUUUGGGCUCCUAGCCUUGGGCUUAGGAGGCCCAUUACAAUAAUCAUGCCUUCUUUUGGCGAAAUAGGGCCACUAAUGGGCUGAGUACAAUACUUAGCAAAUAAAGUAGAACAAUGCAUUCUGCCUGGACGGAGUCUGGCCGAUGCGGUGCGGUUGGCCGAUGCGGACCCAUGGCCGAUGCGGCCCCUGGUGGCCUUAGCGGGAUGCUGGGCUGAUUUGGCUCUAGGCCGUUGCGGGCCCUUACAGGCCACAGCGUGCCAAGUGGAUGCCCUGCUGGUAUGUUUGUCCUUGGAGUAUGUGGGCCAUGGGGUCUAGGCCCAUAUACUCUAUCAGGAGUCCCCCACUCUCUGAGCUGAGAUGUAGACGAGGCGAAAGGGAGUAAUCUUCUUAUUCCUCCAGCCGAAGAGGUUUUUGUUUUAAUAUUAAGACGCAGCGGUCUCGAUCCCGUGGGAGUGCUCCUGGGACGAAGCGCUGCAUUUCCUUGUUUGUAGACGAUGCGAUGGAUCCGGCGUGGUUGGGCCGGCAUGCUUAUCGUCAUCUGUCGGGGCCGAAGAGAUCUCAUCUGUUUUUUUGCCGUGGCGGUAACCUUGCUUUGAGGUGAAAAUGAUCGAUCUUGUAUCCAUGAGGACGAUGCGUCUGCACUCUGCACGCCUUUGAUAUGCUGUGUAGUCGAAGCGUUUGUACGCUGACACUCCACCUGUUUUUAUUUGCGUAUACCUGCUUUGGUGAGCCGAUGCGAUCCUCCGUGUAAUUGAGGUGGAGUGUUUGCCCAUUGUUAUUGACAAGUCGCAGCGCACUCUUUGCGUGUUGAGGCCGUUGCGCGCCUUUUGGCCGAUAGCUUCUGCUCCCAUGCGUAAGGCCGGAGUGUUCCUACCACGUUGGGGGCGAGGAUUGAUCCUUUACCUUUGUCGUGGACGUUGUGUAGCAUUUUUGUCUGGAUUUGUCUGAGUUCAUCCACGGCCGAUGCGCACCCUGGGAUGUUUGGGUUGCUUUGGGCCGUUGCGUGCUUUGGUAGCAUUUGUUAAGGUGAAAUGUUGUCAAUUUUGAACCGUAGCGUGUUUCUUGAGUCUGGAGCCGCUGCGGUGUUGUUUCCAAUGUUUUUUCCUUAGCGUGUAUUCUUUUGGCCGAUGCUGUCCCCCAGACCCCCACUCCAUUGAUCGAAGAGAAAACCGAGGCACAAGGGAGUAGAAGUGGUUUUGAGCCGAAGCGGUGCCCCGUACACUAGUCGCGACUCCAACCCUUAGGCAAACUUGUCCAAGGUAACCCUGUGGGAGAACCCUUGGACGAAGGCCGCGAUGCCAGGGUUAUCUUCAAACGAUUCGUGCAAGUAGCCGCAGCGGUACCAUGGGAGAUGGGACAUUAUGUAGCCGUAGCGAUUUGCCUUGUUUUUUGAGUGACCGGGACGAUGCCCGUGGUAGUAUUGGGGGCUUGUUGGGCCAUAGUGGUUGGCCUUAGCGUGGAAUGUGAAGGGACAUGCUUCUGAUUGGUACAGGAGAGGUUCCCUCUUCACCCUUUCAUCAAGGAAUACCUCGACAUGGUGGGUCUGCCUCCGGCCUUGUUGACCCCUAACAGCUACUCGCUUAUCGUUGGUUUCCUUAUCCGUUGCAAGGAGUUGCGCUUCUCGCUGACGACUGCUCUUUUCACGAAUCUGUACCGAAUAGGCCGAGGAAGCCAUCAGAACUACGACGGUUAUGCUACCUUACAACAGGUGCCUAAAAGGAGGACUUUUAAGGACCUUCCCUCGUCCAUUCAUGGCUGGAAAGCCAAGUUCGUGUUUGUCACCCUCGGCCAAGGUGGUUUCUUUUCUUCCGUGGGCCAUAGCGGCUUAUUUGCACAACCCCCCUUUGGAACGCUGAAAUAAGUAACCAAGUGGAGACCUUCAUCAAGGGAGGGCCGAGGAGUAUAAAGACGUAUGUUACGGAGUAUAAAAUGGCUGCCCUUGGCUUCGUGAGGUACUACUGUCCUAGCGAUGUGGACGAUGGCUUCUGGACGAAGAUCACUGGUUCUUAUGAGCAAGCCGAUGGGCCCCGUCUAGGCGUGCCUGCUGAGGCCGAAGGUUAACCUCAUCACCUUAUCCUUAUGUAGUGUUUUUAUGUUCGUUGUUAACCCUUGUAUUUUUGUGUAGGCUUCGAUAUGGAUCGCAUGUCUUUCAUGGCCCGGGCUGCAAGGAAGGCCGACGUGGAGCUGAAGGCCGCUCAAGCUGCUGAGGAAGCAAAGAAAUCGGCUGGCGGUUCUCAGGGAGGUGGUGAGGCCGCCAAGAAACCUGCUGUCAGGAAGAAGAGGGGAGCCGAAGAUGGGCAGAAGACUCUGGCCGAGGCGGGCCUAAAGCCGAGCCAAGCUUCGAAGAAGACGAAGCGGGCUCCUGUGAGCGAAGAGGCCGGCGCCCCCCUCUACCCAGGCCGCCGCGGACGUCUAGCUGAUCGAGGCCCCUCCCCUGGAUGAUCUAGUCAAAGGUCCUUCUUCGGCCAUGGUUGCUUCGGCCUCUCGGGUGACUCCCGUUACGGCUGCUAGUGCCCGCCUAGAGGAGGCCCUAACCAAGGGAACGUACGAGGUCACCGUACGAUAUCCUGUGAAGGGCGGUCUUUUCAACGAGACCUUCAGUGGCGACGACGUGCUCGCCCAGGCCAUCCCGGACUACGACUGGCAAUAUCUUCAGCGGCAAGGAAAGCAUGUUCGGUUGUAUGAUAGAGGGUUGGAUUACGUCGUCCAGGGGGCCCUCAUGAUGCGGGAGCAGCAUUGGAGGCAAGAGGCCGAGCUAGAGCGGCUGAGGAAAGUGGAGGCCAAGGCUGUUUCGACCGAUGAGGCCCUCCAAGAUUUGAGGGACAAGGCCAAAUCCGCGGAAGAAGAAAUGAAGCUUCUUCAGUGCCUGCUUGAUGAUGCCGAGGCGGCCCGGAAGAAGGCCAUUGAGGCUUCCGAAGCCGCUGUUAAAAGAGCCGAGGAGGCCAAGAGUCUUAAGGCUGAAGCCGAGAAGGCUGCUGAGAAGGCCGUAGCUGAUUUCACGACCGAGGGGUGGAAAGCCGAAGACCAGCUACCCUUCUGCUAUAAGGUGGUGGCUGAGAGGCUCGAAGAUUGGACGACGAAAGAUCCCUCCGGCCAGGAUUUCUGGAUGGACGAGAUGAAGGGCUAUUAUUAUUAUGGCCAGUACUGGAUGUAGAAAUUGAUUUAUAGAUGACUUCAUCGGCGUUUUCACAAAAUGAGGCCCAAGGGUCUGAGCCUGCCCCGACGGAUGGAAAAUCCGGACGAAGACAUGAAGCUUCCACUGGCGGAGAGGCAGCCUUCGAUCCUUAGCUCGGACGAGGAGGAUGAGCCGUGGAGUGACAAUGAUGAUUACCUGCUCGAGGGGCCUACAGACUCCAAGGCUGGCGAGGGUGAUGGCGACGACGAUGCUGGUAGCGGCAGCAGAGAAGAUGUCGCCCAAAGUAGGGAUCAAGUCGAUGCGGCGGCUUAAUUUUGUAUCUUAAUUUACUGUAGAGGUCGUAGCGCCGAAUGAUAUGUAAUGGCCGAAGCGCCCCCCUUUUGUAUUUCGAAUCAGGAAUUAAUGAUAAACCCUCUUGUCUUUAAGUAUGCUUGUUCCGCACCGUUUCGUCUUUAUCGCCUUGCCUUUGUAUGUGUACUUAUUUUUCGCAAUUUUUGCUAAGUAUCAGGGUUGAACACACUUUGGUUGAUUGAGACAAAGCGUACCUUCAUCCAUGUACUUACGUCCCAUCGUCUGUAGUAUUGUGUAGUCUUUCCUUGUGUCUAGUAUGGGCCGCAUCGUGAAUGGGUGAAUGCUUCGUUCUCGUACUUAGAGUAGUGUGCUUCUUAGAGAAAUGAACUGAUGUACUUGGCCAUUUUUGCGGCCUGAAAUGUGGGGAUUUUAUUUUGUUGCUCGAGGCCGGCAAGUGCACAGUCCGUCGGCUUCCCUCUUUUUUUUUGGGUGUGGCCGAAGGGUUACUGUCCCUUCGUCCACAUGCGGCAAUUUGUCCGCUACGCUUUUCGCGUGGACUAAGGCGAGGGGGUAAUCAUGCCCUCGGCUUAGUGUGUCAGUGGCAUCUUUUUUGGCCUUUCCUCGUCUAUCGGCGACGAGGGACCGGACUAGACAUCGUCUUUUGACGGCCGCCCUUUGUGGUCCUGAGUGAAAUUUUACUGACUGGAGUUUUUGUAACCUCAGCCUUAAUUCAGGCGUGUCGUCCUGCGGUUUCCGCGCGGACGACGCGGUAUGCUUCUCCGUUUGAAGACGUUGGACCAUACACACAGGUCCUUCGUCC